CACUACUACUAGUCACCGCUAAGUGACGCAUGCAUCGCUUCCAAUUGCAUUAUUUUGUGCCUUUUUCUUUUAAUUUUAAUUCGUAAAUAUUAUUUUUGCAUUUCAAAAAAAGUCCUCUGUUUUGUUAGUGAACACAUGCAUUUUAAUUUUUAUGUGUAAAAACAGUCGAGAUAAAUGGCUUUUUCUGAGAUAAUGUUACAUUUUCGUCGCUUUGUUCUAAAAGGCUCUUCACCGCAUGCCAAUCUUUUUCCUGAUAAGUUAUUCCACAAAAAGCAGAAAGUACCUGCACAACUCUAUGUAGCCGAAACGCAUUUGGCGGAUGAAAUAAACAAAUCUAUUGAACCUUUUUUGCAACAAACAAAAUGUGACACAGCAAUUGAAAUGAAUCCUGGUAUUGGUUUAUUCACACGUAAACUAUUGAAUCGCGAUGAGCGUUUACGUAAAAUAGUACUAGUAGAGGUUAUGGAUCAUUUCCUACCCACACUCGGUGAAUUGCAUGCAAUGUAUCCAGAGCGUGUCAAAGUGAAACACAACGACAUAGUGGGCCUAUGGAGGUUAGCAUAUCAAGACAGAAUGGAUCAUGGCACACGCGUUGCUGAGCUUUUAUCUGAUCUGCCUAAGCACGAAUACACCGAUGAACCAACGGCUUUAUUAUUUGGCGCUGUUGGCUGCUAUAACUUUUUCAAACACCUUAUAAAUUCAAUUAUCUUCCAAAAUGGUAUUUUCAGUCAUGGUCGUUUUGAAAUGUAUCUUGUUGUACCACCACCCAUUUUCAUACAUUUGACCUGCAGCAACGACAUUGGAUACAUGAUUUAUAGAUCGACUUCUAUGCUGUUUCAAAUGUUAUUCGAGUAUCGUUUCAUUACUCGUUUACCACGAGAACAUUUUUUACCCAAUCAAGGCCAAAGAAAAGUGGUAAAAGGUGCACGUUUAACAAAGGUGACAUCUAUUAAUCCAGAGUACUUGUAUUUGGUAAGAAUAGUACCACGUCGAGAUUUCUACGACCUCUGUCCCAUAGCUGAUUUGCAAGCACUUUGGUACUUUGUUAAACAGAACUGUGUCAGUCGUCGUAAUCGUAUAAUACCAAAUUUGGAGAAAUGGAUACCGGGGUGUGGGCCACGUUUAAUUAUCAAUAAUAAACCUUCGGUAACUCUAAAACCGCUGUAUGAUGAUGAAGACGUAGCUUUACUGCCACAAUAUUCGUCCCGCUGCACAACGAUGAGCAAUCGAGACUUUUACCCGCACUUAAAUAUUUACACACAAUUCGGUGAUUUAUCACCUAGUCAGAUGCUAACAUUGUUUACACAGUUCCGCCAGUGGCAUGAAUAUGGUCAAAGUUCCUUCCUUGCAUCACUUGAAAACACCUUAUUAAAGAUGGAAGCAGCUGUUGAAGAAAAUAUUGACAUAGUAGAAGAAGAUGACCUGUCAAGUGAGGAGGUAGUUUUAGAAGGAGAUAAAGAAACUGCACCUAACUCAGACAAAGAAACCAAACAGCGAAAACGUAAUGCUGUAACGUCCACCUGAAAUACAAGUUGAUUUUUAUUUACUUACAUAUGUAUGUAUAUUGUAUAUAUUAUGAAAUGUUAAUAUGGUGUUUUGAAAAGUAAAAAUCAUGUAUACACAUUACUAUUUGGUUCAAUUUUUCGUAUACACAAAUGCAUAAAAAACACAUCUAGUAA